AAAUGUGGGAGGAUCAGUGAAGGCCACGUUAUCUUGACUUUGCAGUUUGAUUAACACCACUGGAGACAGCGCCUGCAGCAGCCUUCUGUCGUUUUCACUGUGUCGUAUUGGUUUGGUAGCAUCGGUUGACAACCAUGUCGAAGACCUCAUACCUGGUUUUGGAGAACUUCAUCGGAGGGAAGUUCGUGCCUUGUCAGAGUCACAUUGACUCCUACGACCCGUCCACCGGAGAGGUCUACUGCAAAGUACCUGACAGCGGCGAGGAGGAGGUGGAGGCAGCGGUGGCAGCUGCUAAAGACGCCUUCCCUGGUUGGUCUGACCGCAGCCCGGAGCAGCGAGCACAGGUCCUCAACAAGCUGGCCGACCUGUUGGAAGCCCACCUGGAGGAGUUUGUCCAAGCAGAGUCCAAAGACCAAGGUAAAACGGUUACAUUUGCACGGACUGUGGACAUUCCCCGAUCGGUGCACAACUUCCGCUUCUUUGCGUCUUCGGUGCAGCACCACACCACAGACUGCAGCCAGAUGGACCACAUGGGCUGCCUGAACUACACCAUCCGCUGCCCUGUGGGAGUGGCCGGUCUGAUCAGCCCAUGGAAUCUCCCCUUGUACCUGCUUACCUGGAAGAUUGCACCUGCAAUCGCUACAGGCAACACAGUGGUAGCAAAACCCAGUGAGAUGACCUCCGUGACCGCCUGGAUGAUGUGCAAGCUGAUGCAGCAGGCCGGGGUUCCUCCGGGAGUAGUCAACAUUGUAUUUGGCACUGGCCCGAGAGCAGGAAACGCGCUCGUUGGCCAUCCUGAUGUCCCGUUGAUCUCCUUCACUGGCUCCACGCCAACUGCCCGGCACAUCACAGAGCGGAGCGCCCCCUACUGUAAGAAGCUCUCACUGGAGCUGGGAGGUAAAAACCCUGCCCUUAUUUUUGCUGAUGCAGACCUGGACCAAUGCAUCGAGACCACUGUUCGCUCCAGCUUCUCCAAUCAGGGAGAAAUCUGCUUGUGCACCAGUAGGAUUUAUGUCGAGAGGAGUAUUUACUCUCAGUUCCUGGAAAGGUUUGUGGCUGCAGCUAAGAAGUGGAAGACGGGUGUGCCCUCUGACCCCAGCAACAACAACGGAGCACUCAUCAGCAAAGAGCACCUGGAGAAGGUCCGAAGCUUCGUAGCACUCGCCAAAUCUGAAGGCGGUGUCAUCCACUGCGGUGAGGGUGUUGACCAGCUGAGCCUCCCUGAGCGCAAUGCCAACGGCUACUUUAUGCCCGUCACCGUCAUCUCAGGCAUAUCUGACAGCUCCCGCGUCAUGCAGGAGGAGAUCUUCGGCCCUGUCACAUGUGUCAGCCCCUUUGACACAGAGGAUGAGGCUGUUUCCAAGGGUAACGGCGUGCGUUAUGGUCUGGGUGCCACCGUGUGGUCCCGGGAUGUGGGCAAGGUUCACCGGGUGGCAAAGCGGUUACAGGCGGGUCUGGUGUGGACCAACUGCUGGCUGGUGAGAGAUCUGAACCUGCCGUUUGGAGGGAUGAAGAACUCUGGUGUGGGGAGGGAGGGAGGGAAAGAUUCCUACCACUUUUUUACUGAGGUGAAGAGUGUCACGAUCAAACACUAAGAGAGGAAAGGAAGAGGGCAGCAGUGGCAAGUCUUGAUUGGUACAACAUUUUCUGUUGGAAGCAGGUGCAGAAAUAUGGAGAAGGUUUUGCAGUCAGUCUUGACAUUCACCAUCCUCUGCUAGUCACUCUUUGGAAUUUCAAACACAAAUUUCUCCUCCCACCCUCUUGGAUUACUGGAGCCUGUAAUUAAGUUACAUUUGUAGAAUACAAAAGUCAGAGAAAGUCACAAUGGAA